GGAUGUCGGCGUGUGCCUUCCGACAGCCAGCUCUGUUAUGUUGGAGUAAACACAAACUCCUCCUUCCCGGUGACAGGCGGCAACGCUGAAGCAUCGCCUCGCCUUUUCCAAGACAAUCUGCGCUCGGGACUUAACGUCGGGGCCGUCGAGGUGGUGAGCAGCAUCCCUUUUGCAGCGGUACUCUACAAAAAUUCAGGCUGACCGCCGAGCUGCUGGAACUGAAGCACUGAGACCCAUAACUCACCGCCCCUUGAUCCGGGGAUCCAUCUCUCCUCGCUGGGCUGUGAGAACAGACCUCACCCUCUCCACCUCCAGCUUCUGUCCGACCCCUCACUGAAAACGAUGACAACAAUGUGACUGCUGGACUCGGUCAGCACCAUGUGACCUGCUAUUAUGGAUCUGAGUAUCAGCGUACAUUGAAUCAACACUCAUCCAGUCACAAUGGUCCCUUUUCUGUUUUUGGUGGCAACCACAACAACAUCCAAUUCCACCAGCAAUGGCAACCAUACACAAGAAGACGUUACAUCCCCCAGCACCCACAUCCUCCCCACUGUGCUGGUCCUGUCCCUGCUCCUGCUCAUCUUCGCACUGCUAUCCUGGUACAUCCUCAGGUUAAAAAACCAGAAAAAACCGGUUGUCACAACAGUUGACAAGAAGAUACCAAAUGGCAUCCUGGAGGAACAAGAUUUUGGAUACAGUACUGAGUCGUUAUACACCACUGUACCCCCAGAGCAACAGACGGUGGUCCUUCUGCCUAGAUCCCCUUCGGCCUCUAAGACUUUCUUCCCCAUCCUAGUGGACCACCUCGAGGAGGAGUACCGGCUCCGCUCUGCCGAUGAUGGCAAACUCUUCAGGGAGGAGUACAAUUCCUUGCCUGGGGGUAAUGCCCACGGGACGUAUGAGGAGGCCAACAAGGACGACAACAAGGAGAAGAACCGAUAUCCCAACAUCCUUCCCUAUGAUCAUUCCAGAGUGGUGUUGACUCAGCUCGAUGGAAAUCCCUGUUCAGACUAUGUCAAUGCCUCUUACAUUGAUGGUUACACGGAAAAGAACAAAUUCAUAGCAGCACAAGGUCCCAAAGAAGACACUGUAGCAGAUUACUGGAGGAUGAUAUGGGAGCAGAAAGUGGCAACUGUUGUCAUGCUGACAAAUCUGAAAGAAAGGAAAGAAGACAAGUGCUGCCAGUACUGGCCAGAUCAGGGCUGUUGGACCUAUGGGAAUGUGAGGGUGGCAGUGGAAGACUUCACUGCCCUGGUGGACUACACCAUACGCAAGUUCUGUGUACAAUAUCAAGCCAGCGAUGCUGCUAAGACUCCCCGGCUGGUGACCCAGCUCCACUUCACCAGCUGGCCUGAUUUUGGAGUUCCCUUCUCCCCCAUCGGCAUGCUCAAGUUCCUCAAAAAGGUCAAGGCAGUAAAUCCACCCUUCUCUGGGCCUAUUGUGGUUCACUGCAGCGCUGGUGUUGGGAGGACAGGAACCUUCAUCGUAAUAGAUGCCAUGAUUGACAUGAUGUACGCGGAGCAGAAGGUCGAUGUGUUUGGCUUUGUCUCUAAGAUACGAGAACAGCGCUCACAGCUCAUCCAGACAGAUAUGCAGUACUCAUUCAUCUACCAGGCCCUGCUUGAAUACUACCUCUAUGGAGACACAGAGCUGGAUGUGUCGUCUCUGGAAGGACAUCUGCACAAACUGCACAACACCUUUGCAAACGGUGACCGGGUCGGCCUAGAGGAAGAGUUUAAGAAACUGACCAACAUGCGCAUAAUGAAGGAGAACAUGAGAACGGGGAACCUUCCUGCCAACAUGAAGAAGAAUAGAGUCCUGCAAAUUAUUCCAUACGAUUUCAACAGAGUUAUUCUCUCCAUGAGAAGAGGUCAGGAGUUCACCGAUUACAUCAAUGCAUCUUUCAUAGAUGGCUACAGGCAGAAGGACUACUUCAUCGCCACCCAGGGCCCUCUGCCACACACAGUAGAGGAUUUCUGGAGGAUGGUGUGGGAGUGGAAGUGUCACUCCGUUGUCAUGCUCACUGAGCUCCAGGAGAGGGAGCAGGACAAAUGUUGCCAAUACUGGCCCACAGAGGACUCAGUCACUUACGGAGACUACACAGUAGAGCUGAAGGGAGACACUUUGUGUGACACCUUCAGCCUACGAGACUUGGUACUCACCUUUGUCCCGGAGAAGCAGACGAGGGUGAUCAGGCACUUCCACUUCCACGGCUGGCCAGAGAUCGGCAUCCCGGCCGAGGGGAAAGGCAUGAUCGACAUCAUCGCCUCAGUGCAGAGACAGCAGCAGCAGUCUGGGAACCAUCCCAUCGUCGUACACUGCAGUGCUGGUGCAGGGCGAACAGGUACGUUCAUUGCACUGAGCAAUAUCUUGGAGCGAGUCAAGGCAGAAGGCCUGCUAGACGUGUUCCAAACUGUGAAGAGUUUACGCAUGCAGAGGCCUCAUAUGGUCCAAACUGUGGAACAAUAUGACUUCUGCUACAGGGUGGUACAAGACUUUGUCGACAUUUUCUCGGACUAUGCCAAUUUUAAAUGAUGACAUUUGCCUUAAACAUGGUUUUUAAUGUUUUCUAAAGCUGGUAUGUCAGUUUUAUGUGUUUCUUUAACUUGGUCAAAUGAUCUUCUAUUUUGCUAUGCACUUGUCCUACCAUUAACUCAAAGUCCAUCCUCGCUGUAAUAUAGUGUAUGUCAGUGAAUGAAAAUUGUAAAUGAAAAAAGUAGAUUAAUAAUGUAUAUUUCACAUCAUGUAUGAUGAUAAUUAUUUUGUCAUGAAGUGUUUCAGUUUAGUUGUAUAAUAUUGUACUUUAAAUGUUUAUCUAAGUGUUAUUUUGGAUUGACAACGUAAUAUUUUUAAAAAGUUGUAGUUAUUGUAAAUGUAUUUAUGUAAUGACAAUGACAUUCCGGUCUUGCAUUUGGAGAACAGAACAGGAAUGUUAAGAUUUGGGUUUGUUUUUUGUUGUUGUUUUUAAAUACAUACAUUCUUUCAUUUAUUGAUGACUUCUAUUUGAGAUUAGAGGUGAUACUGAAACUCUUUUCAUAUCGUCGUCCUCAAGCUACAAGCCCAUCACCAAUGUGAUACUUUUCUAAUGGAAAUGUCGUCAGAGAACUUCAGCCAUAAUGCAGAAGACAAAGUUAUGCAACAGAGGCUGAGGUGACAAUAUUGGGGUCGAUUUCCAAUAAAGAGUCGGGCAGAAGUUUCACAGUUAGAUGUAUCACACGGUCAUGUAAGACCAUUAAACUGGUUUUGUACCUCAAAAUGUGGUAUACAGCUGCAUUUAACAUGGAUGUAACGUUACUACAGUCUGCCUUUUGUCUGUAGACAACAAAAAGUAUUUUGCUAAAAUUAAUGCACAUUAAAAAGCACAUAUAACUAAGCCUUUUGCUGAGAACCUGCAAUAUUUAUUGCUUUAUUUGUAUUAAAGAUUAGAGAUUUUUCACAAAUUAGUGCCAAUGUACCUUUUUUUUUUUUUUUUAAAGACAAGGAAAAGUAAAACAAUCCUAAAUUGAAGGCCCAGCAUUGACAGGUGAUCCUAGGAAAAGGUAAGUGCGGUCACUAAAUGCAGUGGAGUCAGUACACUUUCAUGACCACCUGUGUGAGCUGUACAGUUAACACUAAGGGAUGUAUUAAAAGUGUAAGAUCACAUGAGACUUGUAAAGGCAAAAACCACAGUACACACAUGUGGUGCUUCAGUGCCUGCUUAAUGCUAGAGCAACAACAAAACAA